AGAUCCUGUCUGCUUCAGCAACGUCCGAAACCCCACCUCCUCCUCCUGUCUCUCUCUCCCUCUCUCUCUCUCAGGCGGCGUGGAAUCCUGGCUGUGUUUAAUUGCCGAGUGGCAAGAUCUGAGGGAAAGAUCGGGAAUCACAUGGAGCCGCUGCGUCUGUCAAAGCUUUACGAGCCCCAACCCCGGGAGAGAGAGACAGAGAAGGUGUAGGAAGGAAGUGUUUGGAGUUUGGGAAAGGGUGAGUUGAGUCUGAGAAGGGAAAUUUUACGCAGUGGGAAAAAAAACUGAGGUGUAGAGAGAGGUGAAAGACUUCAGGAGAAGGAGAGUUGGAGGAAAAAAAACGAGGGAGGGAGGGAAGGAAAAGAGGCCCACCACCAGAGAAAGGGCAACAAGCUGCGUUCGGCAAGAACGAGAGAGAACAUUGGGAAAACAAGAGUAAGUUAGAAAAAGCACCAGGAGGAAGGAAGGGGGAGGUGAGAGACAAAAAGUUGGAGAGGGGAAGUGCGAGAGAGGGAGAGAGAGACUGUAAAACGCAGUGAAUGAGAGGAGACGCAGAUGAGAAAAACAGACGCUGUGGAUGGCCUGGGUGGAGAGAGAACCAGUUGUUUUCUAAGUCGGAUUUCAGACUGGAAUGCACUCGGAGAACACAAGAUUUCAAACACCUUCCUGCCACUUUUGCCUGCAGCAGGGACCCCGACGCACACCGGGCCCCAUUGAUGGAUCAUGUCUGCGUAUGGAGUCCGGCAUAGCCCCGUUCCCAAAGGAGCUGGGGAUAGACGGAGGCGAGAGGACCAUUGCGUCACCGCCGCGGCAGGUUUACGCCAAGGAAAUACCGCAUCCAUGCUAUUCCUGGGUGGAUGUACGAGCGGCCAGGUGGGACUCUCCGUGCGUGCGGGAGAUCCGGCGGGAGUGUGGAUGCGUCCAGCGGUGGUAUUACCCGGAGUUGCCACAUCCCUUUAACGGGGGCCAUGUUUUGAAGGUCAGAGGUCAGCGGUACUACUCGUCGGAUCAACACUACGGCCAUCAGCGGGAGUGGGACGACGUCCAAGCAUAUAACGGACAAUGCACAAGGAGACGGGUGUCUUUCCGGCAUCACGAAGAGCGGCACACGCUCAACGGCCCUGAGGCCAGCAGACAAUCCAGUCCUGGAAAACCACACUGUAAUGGGGCAGACUCUGGACAGGCAGCUUUUUUCCCAACCGAGGUGCCCUCCAGCAAGUUGGGACGCUCGGGGCUACAGGUGAAUGGACCGCAUCGGGAAAUAAGGACAUCUCAGGGCGGCGUAGGUCUGGAGAGCCAUGGCAAUCAGAGGAAGAGCCAGGGAACAGUACGGGAACAGAUCAAACAAGUGGUCACUGAGCUCGAGGAAGUGCUGGGUGGUCUCAAACAGGUCCAGUUGGAGAUGAAAGAGGUCGUCCAACAGAUUGAUAUUCUGACGUCCAACAUUGACCUUGGUGAGAAGGAACCAAGUCCAUCCAAUGGACUCUCCCAAGAUGCCACCAAAAGCAGUCAGACUGAUGUUGUGGCGUUGAUCCACAAUUCAAAUGGCGAAGAGGACACGUCAACUUCCGACUCCUCUCUCGCACACAGCCCUGUCGCUGUGGAUUUAGUUCACAUUAACAGUCCUUCGCCAAUGAGAAACCACACAAGCUCGCCCCCUCUUGAGCAGCGAUCCGUUACUGUUGAGGAUAAAGGCAAAAGAGUUGUGAAACAGAGCUCAGAGACUCAAAGGACGGUCAAUGGAUCCUGCCUACCACACCGAACGGCAAGGAAAGGGCAACUGGAAAACCACAGACCCCCUGUAGUUCCAGUAGUGUGCACUAACUCAAAUAAAACCCACCGGCCUCCACCUUACCCUCAGAACGGACAGGUGAAGAUGAGGACACCCCUUUACCCUGGAAAACAUAAGAUGCUCUCAUCCACUAUAGUGGAUUGAUGCCACACAACCCAUCUGACUCAUACUGGAGGAUGGAGAACCCUGGGCCGAGGGGCAGUGACUGUAUUUCCCAUGGAAAACUCCAGAAACAUCUCAAAACCCUUUUUCUCUCACACACCCCUGCUGAAAAAAUCAGUUUACACUAGUUUGGACCAACUUAAAGUCACCAUUAAAUGGCAUUCACAACUCAUUUUACCUAUACAGUCGGAUGCAUUUCUGAUUGAAACAGGAAAUUCAAUUAGAAAACAUGGGAGUCUUGCGAUUGGAGGGGGCGAGAUUAAAAAGUAAGAGGGAUUUGUGAUGUCAGCUGAAAAGGAAAGUCGAUUCAGAGGUGGAGUAAGUUGUUAAAUUUUGAUGAAAGAUGAUGAAAACAAAAGAGUAAUGUGCAUUAAUGAAUUUUAGACAACCAGGAUUGUGUAUUAAGAAAGUCUGUGUGUUCGAAUGCUCAUAUUUAUUUCCUUACCCAAACAGUUGGUGGGAAGUGACUGGAAUUUAUUUAUUUUGAAAGUGUUUUCUUGGCUUUCGUCCACUGAGUGUAGUUUUGUCAGGCUGUGAUAUAAACUAAAGACUAUAGAGCGCAACAGUUGGGUUAUGGAAAUAAAAACUCCAUUCAUUUUCUCCAUGAGGAAAUUGAUUUUGAAUGAUAACUUAUAAACCUUUAAAGACAGACCUUCUGUGAGCUACGUGUUUGUAAUCCAUGGUAUUUGCUUCUGUUAAAGCCUCCAGCCCGCAUUAUUUCAGCUCAUUUUUAAAAUAAUCGUGUUUGAAACAGUGGAAUUCCUGGUGAAAAACUACAUUACCCAUGAUGCUCUAUAGAGUGGAACAGUGCUCGUCCCAUUUUACAGUGGUGUUCAUUCCAGAAGUAUUUUUUUGCAUUAAUUUUCCCCAUUGGGAUUUAAAAAAAAAGUCAAUCUUAAAGAGUUAUAAGGCAUGAACCUAGCCAACCAGAUACGAUGAAUCACAACACUAUAAACUUUGAUUUGAAGCAAAAAAAAAUUUAAAAAUCGGACAAAAAGACAAAACUGUGUAGGCCUACUUAACAGCUUUAGUGGGGGAACACUCUAAACAACACUGGGUUAAAAUACAAUACAAGGGCUGGGUAAAUAUAGGAAAGAACACAUGUUGGGUUAAUUUUAUCCAGCAAAUUGGGUUGUUGAUUAAUUUUUACUAUAAUUCUUUUUUUUUUUAAACUUCAUACAUGAAUUAAUGUUUACAGAUUAACUUAAAUCCUCUAAACUUUUUUUAAAUACUCCACACAACUAUUGGUUCCUUUAUUUUAGAUCACAUUUUAUAGUAUAGCAUAUUUUAUAUCGUUUUAAUACAUAUUGGCUACAUUUAAACUCGUUUAACAAUUAUUUGAAGUGAAAACUGAACAUUUAUAAGUAAUUCAAGUAUAAUCGACCAGUGUCUGUUGUUCUGUUUCCACCGUAACGGUGCUGGAUCUCGUGCCGGAAAUGGCUCGCGUUCGGCGGGGGAACUGAUAACUUUAGACCGCCGCCUGCGUUUCACUUGUAGCCGAAAAAUGCUGUGACUGACUCCAUAACCUGUCCAUAAAUAAUCAGUGUACAAUUCUGAGAACAUAUUUUAACAUCCUAAGAAUUUAUAUUCGGUAUCUUUUUGAAUAAAAUCAUAAAAUUUUAUGCAAGGCAUCAGGCGUUUCCAUCACGCGAAAAGACCGACGCGACACUCGUUCAGGCGACUCACAUCGCGCCCCUGUAUGUUGCUUUGUAUAAAAUUAAACGGUAUACAGAACAAUAACGAAUUUUUAGAUAAAAUAAAACGUACACAAACCUGUAUUUUACUGAAGACAUGCACCAAUUUGACAGAGAUACACUGCUCUCUCCUGAAGAGGUCGCUAAAAGCCCGCGAUAAAUAACUCAACCCCUGGGUUAUGUCUGACCCAGGAUCUGGGUAACACAAAAAUUACCCAAACACUGGAAAAAUAACCCCCCAAAAAUGUCUUGGGUAGAAAAAAUAAUCCUUUUUUAGAGUGAAAGAACUACAAUCCCAUGAAGCAUUGCGAACAACAUAAAUUAAAAAUUAUUUACAAAUGUUGAUUAUAUUUAUAAAAAUUUUAAGUUUAAUGCAAAAUAUAAACAUUUAAGUAUUUUGAGAGUGUGGAGAGAUCGACUUGAUCAUGUCAUUCACAGUGCUUCAUGGGAGUGGGCGGAGCUAACGAGAUCUUUUGGCACAUGUUGCUUUUUCGACUGUGAUUGGUGGAAUUUUCUGUAGGGCAUCAUGGGUAAUGUAGUUUUUCACCAGGAAUUCACAAUUAUUUUAAAACUAAGCUAAAAUAAUGCGAGCAGACGGCUUCAACAGAAGCAAAUACUGUCGAUUAACAAUCUCGUAGCUCAUGGUAGGUCUGUCUUUUAAAAGUUUAUAAACUUUUAAAGUUUUUCUUAUGGAGAAAAUGAAUGGAGUUUUUACUUCCGAAACCUGACUGUUGCACUCUAUUGGCUAUUUUAAAAAAUGCACUAGUCUUUUAUUAUGUCCCACUCCAACUUCCUGUUUCAAAAGGAAAUACGUCAACACAUGAAAGAAAACUAGUCAUAAACCAUUUCAUGGGGUCUUUAACUAGUUUAGAUGAACACUGCAGGUGUGUUAUUGGCACAAGCGGGUUAAACUGGUAUGCUGUAUUAGCAUAUCCCAAAAUAUACCGGUUAUUUAAGAUGGCUGAACUAGUUUAGCUGGUCAAGGCUGAUUUUCAGCAGGGUCUCUCUCUCUCUAGCUACACUGUGUAAACCGUUUAGAACAAGCUGCCCUUCAUAACUUACCUGUGACCAGAUAUCAGAGUGUUUCUCCUUUAAAUGAAGCGCGACUGAGUAAUAAGCUGCUUUUAGGUUGGAAAUUACGACUUUAUAACAGAUAUGUGCAAACUAUCGCCAGCGAUCACGUGGAUCUGAAGACUGUGAACAGACAGUUGAAAUGCUGGAAAAGAGGAGGCAUUUUCUUAAUAAGACUUUAUUUUUAUUAUUGUUAUGAUUCAGACCAAAGAUUGACGUGAUUUUUUGUUCAGGGAGGCUGAAGGAUCUAUAAUUGUUAAGCUAAAGCUAAUGAACACUAACAUUGCCUUAAAGGCAGCUCGUAAAACCACUUCAGAGAGGUAUACAGCUAGUUUAUACUUCUGGAUUAAAGUGGAUGGAUCCAAACACAGUGUUGCAGCUGUGGACUGGAAUUAUUUAAUCAGUAUUUAAAGCCAGUAUAAGCCAUCUUUAUAGACUGUUGCAAUCAUGUAGUGGCAUUUUCACUCUGUGGCCAAUAGAUGGCGCGACAGACCACAGAAAAACAAGGUAACGCCAAUGACACGUGAAUGUCUUAUAAGUGUGUACAGCUCACAUGAAAUAAAACAUUAAGUGUUUAAAAUAUA